GCGACCAUAUACCACAGACCAGCAGCAUCAGCAGCAGCAGCAGCGGCAGCGGCGGCGGCAGCAGCAGCAGCAGUAACAAUAUAGUAGCAGCAACUGGCCAGGUCAGCACUCAACACCCACUUGUCGGCUGACCGAUACCGCGGCAACUCGGCACGAUCCCAAGCGACUACCUGUGCGAUUGUCGAGUGCCACCUGAGGGGAAUUAGGAAAGCGGCGCCGGCAGCGUGCACUAAUUAGCACGACGGUUAAUUGCCGAAGAACACGAACUGCCAAGAGCAACUGGCCGCACGCGUGCGCGCCCCGUGUGGCGAAGUGACCAGCUGCAGCCUGUUGCAAGCGGCGGAUUAUGACCAGAACCCGCUAAGUGCUAGUUCAAUUUGCCUCGGGGAAAACGGUUUUCAUGUGGCUUCCGGAUGCUGUGGUACUUUUCUACAAACAGUAUAUUUAUCAAAUUAAAGAUAGACUGAUUCUACGCGAAGAGAAGCGAGAAAGAAAAACAGGAGAAAAAAGAAGAGCAAACGGUCCGUUGCAGAUAAAAUAACUCACAUCAGCGAAAUGGAUGAACCAAUAACACGAGGCAGAUGGGUUUGCCCGAAUGAUCGGCAAUUAGCGUUGCGAGCAAAAUUGCGGACAGGAUGGUCUGUGAAAACGGGAUCUUUCGAAUCCCAUGGUUGGGGACAAUAUCCAAAUUCCUGCACGAGCAGUUCCAAUCGUUGCGGACAAUCUUACUUGCUCAGUGACGAUGAACGGCAAGCCAUUAUCCAGGUGAUACAAAGAGCCGAGGCUCUGGAUCUGUCGGAACAGGAGCGAGUCGGUAGACUCGUUGAGAGAUUAGAGAACAUGAAACGAAACGUAUGCGUUGUGACAUCGACCAGGUCGAACGAAAGACGUGGUUGCGGAAGGCGGUGCUCCGGUGGAGCUCGUUGCGUUUGUUCGUGUGCGCUUUGCGGCGAAAAGUUCGGCGCCGUACUGGGGGCGAGCGCGAAUCUCUGCAAAGACUGCCGCAAAUAUAUAUGUCAGAAGUGCGGCAUCGAGGCCACUAGACUUAAUCCAUCGAGAGGAAGCGGCGACGAAAAUGACGCAAGUACUUCAUCGCGCAGCUCGUUACGCGUCGUGAGAUUCGCUCAGGAACGAGCAGGCGUUCAAAGAAUCGUUCCAAGAUCCCAUGGUAAUGCACAAAAGCAGUUUCUCUGCCGAAUUUGCGCCGAGACCAGAGAGAUGUGGAAGAAAAGCGGCGCUUGGUUCUUCAAAGGCAUGCCAAAAUAUAUUCUACCGGAGAAGAAGGAGCGGGGAUGGUCUCGACCUGGUCACAGGACGUCGACAUGGACGAUAGGCGGCCCAUGCAAGUCCUUGGACUCAACCGACGCUCAGGAUUCCUCGUCCGACGACGAUGCAACACGACGACUCGCGGUAACCCGCGGUCACUCGCCUACAAAUCUAUCAAGCAAUCGUGACAGCACUUCUACCAAGUUGACAAUUUCGAGUCCUGCAACCAGUACCUCAUCGCCGAGAAGUCCUCGAGGAAGGCCGAAUGGUCUGUCGCCUUCGGGCUAUCGCGAGGACGCCAGCUCCGAUAGGCUGGACAAGUCCUGUCUGUCGAUCGCGUCUCAAUGCAGCCGACUUUCGCCCACCGGCUCAAUCAGCACCCCUCGCUCGAGGGCAAGCGGCAAAAGCCCGAACGAACCGCAAGUGGAGCAACGCGUGUCCUUCGAAAAUAUUUUCGUAGAUGACGAGAAGGCUAAUGAGGCGGAUGAAGAUGAGGAGGAAGACACCGAGGAGACUCGCAAGGACGCUUCCACAUCUCUGGACCGAUCGAAGGGCUCUCAGGUACAAUCUCUCAGACUAAAGGCACCAACGAUAGCGACGACGCCAACCACGCCAGUCGAAACGCGAUUCCAGACUAUGGGCAAGAUUUUCCAAGAGAAGAACGCAGAACGGAACGCGAGCAGGUCCUCGGAUCAGGAGAGCUCAUCCAGCACUCGCAGCAACAGUCAAGUGAAGAUCUCAAGAACCCCGGAAUAUCCACGAGAAACGGGACAAGAUUAUGGAAAUCUCGAAGUCUCCUUGCGAUACGACCCGGCAGAUCAGUGCCUCCAGUGCAAGGUGGAACGUGCGCGUCGUCUAAGGCCCAUGGAUAUCCAAGGUCUCGCCGACCCUUUUUGCAAGCUGAACAUACUGCCCGUCGGGAAGGCAUCGACGAGCAGACGACUGCGAACGAAGACGGUGCACAAGACGCGCGAUCCCGAGUUCAACGAGACGGUGAACUUUUACGGAACGACAGAAACCGACAUCUCGACCGGCAAGGCAUUGCAUAUUCUAAUCAUCCAGGACGAUCCCUCGGGCCAGGAUUUCCUGGGAGAGGCGAGAUUUCCCCUACAAGAAUUGCUACCAUAUCAAACAAAGCAUUACAAAGUUUCUCUGCAAGCUCAUUAUCCAGUGGACAACGAAGAGGAAACCUGGGGCAUGUGUUCAAGCGGUCGCGGGCAGAUCCAGCUAAGCCUGAGCUAUUGCACGCGUCGACGUGCGCUAUUAGUCACGGUACAUUGUGCCACGAAUCUCCUGCCCAUGGACAGCAACGGGUUUUCUGACCCAUUCGUCAAACUGGCACUCGUCGAGGAUGCGACCGACAAUCAUCGGCAGCAACGGUUCCUAGAUUACUCGGCCGCUCGCGUUACUGCCAAAAAGGGGAAGAAGACGGCCGGCCGCGGCUCGCAGAGCACGAGCAUCAAGCGGAAGACGCUGAAUCCAAAGUGGAACGAAGAGUUCGUUUUCGCGACUCGCUUGACGGAGCUGAUGAAGCUGACGCUAUGCCUGUCCGUGUGGGACAAGGACUUCGGCAAGAGUAACGAUUAUCUGGGCGGCCUUAUGUUAGGUUGCGGUAGUAAAGGGGCGCGUUUGCGACACUGGCUAGACGCAAUCAAGUUCCCGGAUCAUCGACAUUUGGCGUGGCACAAUCUGGCGGAGAUGGAUGUACCCAUGGAAUGAUAGCUCUGUUUCGGUGAUCGGAAAGCAGGUCAAGAUUAAAUACACGAAGUAUGCGGGCUUUAUCGACAUACGUACAUAACGUGUUGUAUAAGUUUACACGGAUAUACGCGCACGCAUACGCUACAGUAUAUUUGGCGCGCGUGUUAUCAAUCUGUGCGUGAUUUAUCGUUGCUCAAAAAUUAAGUAUUAUAAAACAUUAAGAGGUUGAUACGAAAAUAAAGCAGUUGAGAACAGA